AUGAUAGGACCGGACAGCAGCGAAGUAUACCGCAAUCUAGCUGAGCAAGCCCUAGCGAGAGAUGAGAGCCAAAACGAAGUUCAAGAUCAGGUGACAUAUAGGUCAGAUGAUCUAUUCCGGCUAGGCCAAUCAGAGGCUACCGUUUAUAGUGAGUUGCAAUCAACAGAACUCAGCAAAACUGGACCACUACCAUCACCUGAUCCCUCGAUAUCUCAGGGGCUUGAUCAAGCGACUCCAGCACGUGACCAAGGGCUUGGCCAUGACUAUUUUGAACGUUCAGAGACGCCUGUAGCCACACCGUCAGCAAUACCUAGAGCUUUCCCUGAAGUUACAUCAACUACACCACCGUACACACCUGCGCAGACGUCACCACCACCAGAGAACGCUACAGCGACAUCAGGAGAUGCUAUGGUGAUCUCAAGGGACGCUAUAGUGACUCCAGAACGAACGUCGUUAACUCAGGAAGGUGUUGAUUUUCUUCGUGAUCGACCAAUACCACGUCAGACCGAUAUUCGAGUGGAUCCAGUUCCAUUUCCCAUCAGACAGCAACGAUACAGUACAGGGGUAGACCGUGUAGACGUUGACCGUGCAGACGUCGACCCAGCUCAUAUCAUUGAGGGGAAGAGGAAACGUGUGCAGAAGCGUGAUCCAAGCUAUUAA